GGCAGUUCAAGUACAUGGGUAAGAUUAUGGUUUUGACUAAUCAGGAAAUGUUGUAUGAUUGUCAACCUUGUAUUUCUUUUGGUACUCCAAAGAGAACCAUGUAAAGUUAGUCUGACAAAGAAAAGGCAAAAGAUGAAAGUGGGGAAUCCUAAGCUUGACAAGGGAAACAGUAAAGAUGACAUAAGCCUUGUCCCCUGGAGCACCGAGCAUCACCAAGGUGGGGUCACUGAAUGGAGAAACGAUAAAAUAAAUAAUAAUGACUCCCAAUCUCACUUCCCCUACAUUCUGAUACCUCUUCCCACUUCUUUCCUCCAUCUUUGUUCUAAUUCUUUGAACCGUCACCUGAUAUUUGAAAUUUGUGGAGACAUGAUCUUUCAGGGAGAAGAGGCAACUGAAGUAACAAGAGACAAACGGCAAGUGGAGCUAAUAAUCGGCGGCGUCGAUAACAACAAAGGACCUGAAGAUGAUAAUCCAGGAGAGUGGCUGAACCUGAGCCUAGGCAGGAAUUUGCUCUCAACAGCUGGAGACUCUGACCCACAACCAAAAAGUACUGCUUCUAACAAGGUUUUUUCAUGCAACUUCUGCAUGAGAAAGUUCUAUAGUUCACAAGCACUAGGGGGUCAUCAGAAUGCCCACAAGAGGGAAAGAGGCGCAGCCAGAAGAUACCAGUCCCAUAGGAUGCUGGCAAUGAUGGGAUUGCCCAUUAACACUCCCAUGGCCCGAUCGCUUGGGGUCCGGCCCCAUUCAGUUGUUCAGAAGCCAAGCAGAGAUUCAACUGCAGUUGUAGCAAGAUUUAAUGAUGCCAAUACAGGGUUUAGAAUGGCAUGGACACCAGUCACGAUGGAGGAUUCAAUGGAUUUAAUUUGGCCAGGCAGCUUUCAUCUGGAUCGACCCCUACCAGAGCCACCAUCAGAGCCACACAAGCUUGACUUAAAUCUGCGGCUCUGACCCAACCAUCCUUCUUCUGCCUCAGUUUGGAAUUUAUUCUACACUCUUUCUAUUGGAACAGCUUUUGACUUCUUCAUCCAUCAAGGAAAGAAACUAACCAAGGUAGAAUCCAGAGUUUUAAGAUUCAAUAACCUGGAUGGUGGUUCUGCCUAAUGAAACUAGAGGAGAUACCAAAAAUUUCCUACCACUAUGCAUCUUGUAGCACAACCAAACCUGAAACAUAACCCCACUUUUCAGUUAUUCCUAGUUGUUGAUGCCUGAAAUAAUUACUGGUGCAGUCCACAUGUUACUGAGUUUUUUACAGGGCUUCUCUUAUCUUAAUUAUCAUUUUCUAGUUCAGUUCCA